AUGUCGCAGUGUCAGUUGUUAGACGAGCAAGAGGUCACCAAGACCAGUUCACCUCACCCAUCGAUCCUCUCCAUACUCCGGCGGAAGACCUCCAAGUUGUUUCACAAAAGUACCAACAACAGAGAGAGUGAGACUGUCAAGCGAGUCGAGCCCCUGAGGAACAAGCCCAAGUGGCACCGAUCGGGCCGCAGUCAGUCUUCCAACCACGACAGUGACACUCCUAUGCUCGAGACGGUUCAGAGCGUUGAGAAGAACGGGUUGUAUUCGAACGAGCUCGGGAGUAUUGUCAACGAGCCCGCAGCUUCGGAUGUCUCCUCAUUCCAGUCUCUUACAAGACGUCUACGGCCCCGGGCCCGCAGGUCCAUGAUGCGUGCUCUCAUGAUGAUCCCUCACAACCCGUCAGAGAACCUGAGUAACGGCGAUAGCCCGGUGCCAUCCACCCUCGUCGAACCGUCAACAUCUCCCAAGUCACCCUUGGAUACCGAGAGUCAAGCUUGCCACCCGGUCACGCCACCUCCAUCCUCACCAUCAUCGUCUGUGGUAAAACAAUUCACUGGCGGCGGCGACGAAGAGGAACAGCAGCAGCCAGCCAGGACCUCCACCGACUCCAGCCGAGCGUGCAGCAGCGGCUGCCUAUGCCCCCAGUCUAGCCCGAUAGACCUCCUGGUUCCCUGCGUCAGUGAUCUCGUCUUGGAGAGUGCAUGCAGCGGCGGUGAAUUUCUGCCAGGAGUACCGGCAGGAGAAUCCGGAAGAUCAUGCGUGGAGGACAAGGAGGAAGGAACCGUCCCUGCAGCAGAAACAGAAGACGACAUGUCGACUUCUCAGCAGCGAGAUUCGCACGAAGGGCACCUCGAGCUGAGCAACGGACAGACCGCCGAAUUACUCAUGCCAUCGGAAACCAAGGAGCUGCUCCCCGCGUUCCGUCCUCUCUUUCUUGAACCUGUUGAGGAAACAGCCGAAGAUAGCAUGCUGACGCUAUUGCGUGGCUUUUCUGGCGAGGACACGAAGCAGGGCGUUGGGGCCUGUCAGGGGUAA